AUGAUGCUUCACACCUCCUCCUCGAGCCCGCCUGGGUUCGACCCAUUCCCACAAAAGCUCAGUCAAAAGCCGAUCAAGAAAGACAUCCUCGACAACUCGCCAGCGUGGGUCGUCGAUGUCGCACUGCAAGCCCUCCAGCAGGCCGGAAUUGAACCGGUUGAAUGGGGCUCACUUUUAUACAAUCGCAUGCAUGUACCUACCAUAAUCAAGGAUUAUUUCUAUCUUGUACCUGAUGAUGCACUAGCCAGUGCCUCAGGUGUCUUAUCCAACCUCGGUUUACCCUUUUGGCCCCCUUCACAAUUGCUCAUGCAGACGGAGGGUGAUUUUUCUGCGAAGGGUACCUAUCACCGAAUAUCGCGCUCCACGCUACCUUCUUCCAUUUCAAGCAUCGCCCUCUUCCCCCUCUCCUUUUCUACACUCCUACCCUCCGAACUGGAGAAAAAACCGCCACACCACAUCCGACCGUCAACACGAUGCCCAUCUAUACUCGUGCCUCGUCCACCCGCCGUCUACGCCUCCCUCAUCCGUAUGAUGGCGAAGUAUCCUCGAUAUUGUUCGACCCGAACGGUUCUUGCGUCAGAUCUAUCCGAGCUAGUUGGGUAUAACCUCCUCGAUCUCCAACUCGGAUACAUUGACCCAGAGGAUGAAGGACUGUGGCAGGGGCUCGAUGUCGAUGGACGGAUGGAACGUUCGGUUGCUCUGGUGCGACAAUGGAGUUGGGACGAAGAGUGGCGGGAAGGUGAAGAAUGGAUUGGAGAUGCUUUGGCCAGCAUUAUCGAUGGGACUGCUGAUAUCUCUCAUCUUCCUAGCUUUUCAUAG